AUGAAAUUAUUAACACUUACAUUAUUCUUGGUGCUCAUCGCUGUAGUUUUAUCUAUUCCUCAAAGAGGACCACCAGGUAGAGGUCCUCCUGGACGUGGACCACCUGGUGGCAGACCUGGAGGGCCAGGUCGUCCUGGUGGUCCUGGAGGUCCUGGUGGUCCUGGAGGCCCUGGCGGUCCUGGAAGACCACCUAGACCACCACGUCCAAGCUCAACCACAACCGCUGAGGCAUCUUCGUCAGAGGCAUCUACCACUACUGAAAGCGAUAGCACUACUGUCACCGAGGAUGACGGAGAUAUUGUAACUGAAGAAUAA